CACAUUACGUAUAUCUUUAUCCAUUUCCUUUGUCAUCGAAUGUUUCUUGUUUUCAGAUGUCCAUGGACAACAGAAAGAGGCCAGCAGCUUCCUCCAACUCUGGGAGCGUUGCGUUCUGGUCCUCCUCAUUCCGAAGGCAACCAGCCCGGGUCCUGAUUGUGGAAGCUCUGCCGCCGUGGUGGUCAGAGAUAUCUACGGUGCUCUGCGAUGCUCUGGAUAACUUCUUCUCUCUUGCCUGUAAUCUGGAUGGACCCUGCAGGAUACCGCUACUCAGCCUGUACGCCAUCAGCAGGCAGCAGGAAUGUCUACUUCCAUUUGUGCAGGUCCGUGGUAACUUGGCCAGGCUGCAUUCCUGUGUGGAGGAGCUAAGGUCUAUUCCAGGUGAAGGCUGCAUCAGGGGAGCAGCCAGAGGAGGCGAGCUGCUGCGACAGACUGUGCUGGACAGUCUUCAACAGUUUAAACAGUACAUCAGACACAGAAGUGAUGGAAACCAGCCCAGCCACAACACAUCUAUGGAGGUUACCGUGGUGACCAGCCAGCCAGGGCAGGGAAUCAUCGGCCAGUGUGAGACGGGGCUGAAAGACGCUGACCUGGUGUCACUCAAGCGACUUCUGGUCGUGCAGAUCUACAGUGGAGGAGACUGGGGACAAGACGCUCCCUCACCUGACGUCACAUACACUCAGAGUGAAGAGUGUCUGAUGUUGGGGACGGAGGUCGACCUGCAGCGAGUGGAAAACAGCGUGUUCGCCGUGGAGAGUGUGUUGAAAUCAUGGCUUCAGGAGCAGGGAGGUGACAGAGAGCACCUCCACCUCCUGCUGCCGAGCCCCAUGGACAGUCCCAUCCCAGUGUGUGUGAAGUGUGACAUGCAGGAGCGUCUGAUAAGCCCUGCACUCAUCCCCCUGACCCCCAACUUGGGAGUAAAGACAGAGAGUGUUCGGGACUUCCAGUCUGUCGCCAAGGGCCCGGCCAGUCAGAGCCCACCGCCACAGAGACUGAAAAUAAUCAAGGUUCUGCGUGCAGAAGGAGUGUGUGAGAGUGUGUUAUACGGCCUGCCGUUGGUGAUCCGUCCCACCACCUGCUGGCAGCUGGACUGGGAAGAGAUGGAGUCCAACCACAACUUGUUCCACGCACUCUGCUGCACACUCAGGAGUCGUGAUUUCUUCCUGCUGCUGCAGGUGGAGCCUGCCCAGAGGUCUACAGCUGAAAGCUCAGGUGUGUAUUCUCACUAUGUCCUCCAGCCGUCCCCGUCUCUCACCCUCCUUCUGAAGCCUGUGGUCUCCAGAGAGCUGCUGCUGCCCUGCCAUCAGCCUAUCUUAACUCAGGACCCUGCACCUGAUGCCAUGCAGACAGUGCAGAGUUGUCUCACUCAGCUGGACGAGGAGUUUGUGUUCAACCCCCUCUCUCUGAGCACUAACCUCUACCAGCAUCUCAAGAGCAGAGGCCUGCUCUCACAGCCACGCUACCCAUACAGGCUCCAGCCAACAGCUGUCCUCAGAGACCAGUCGCAACCAGCAGAGGGCGCUAAACCCACAGCUGGCAGACAGCCUCGACAGCCACAAAACCAGAGUCGCCAACUGGGAUCAAACAGCAAGGUCAGGGCCACUGUGGCGCCGAUGCCCUCGUUCUCCCUCCACUCUUCCUCCUUCUCCUCUUCCUCCGUCCUGGGGCCUCCGUCUGCGAAGGCCUCCCGUCUGGCUCUGACACUCCUCAGCAGUAGCAGCGGCAAAAGCCACCGGGCCCCUGCUCCAUCUCGACAGGAGGAAGACAAUGAUGACUCCAUGAUAAUAUAGUGAGAGCAACCAGAGGCUGCCUAAUUACUCAACAACUUCAAGAUGGUGUCCGAUUAGCCAAGUGUGUGUGGGCAUGUCAGAAGGAAAGUUUCAGUUCACUGCCUUCUUUAGAUUGUUUAAAACUUUUUUUAAAAAGCAGAAGAGAAAAUGAAAAGAAGGGAAACAGGAUGGACGAUGGAAGGAAAAGACUAAUAAAGAAAUUACCAAAAAAUCUGUGGUGUGGGGAGGUGAGAGAGAUUAAAAGCUGAUGCAUGUAUAAAAAGCACCGUCGGUGUGUUGCAGCACAGCCACCAACACGCGCAGUAAAACACAAAAAUCUCCAAACACAAAGAGACCAGUGACAGAAAUACAACUGAGGGCGUAAUAAAGCAGAAGCACAGCAGCUUUGAUACUAUAGCGACUUAUAGACAAACACAUAUGCACAUUCCUUUUUUCCAUUUUGCCCUUAAGUCCCAGUCUGAACACAGCUUCACUGUUUUAAUGAGACAGAGAAGAAAGCAGCAGACAGAGGGGCCUCUCUGCUCGCCUUCACCCCCACAGCAAGCUCUCUCUGUGGGGUUUGAAAGGCAGCGGGGUGGAGGGUGGAUGG